UUAACUAUAAAUACCAGGAGCCCUCCUUCAAAGAAUUUUCCUUCGAGAUUCGGGAAUUUGACGAACAGUGUCAUCUCCCUCUCAAAAUCCUUCCCAUCUUUGGCAUUGAAACGAUUCUGCAGCUGCAAUUCAAUCGCAGGUUUCUGUUUCUGGCUCCAAUUCAAAUUCUGAAGAAUUGCGGGAAAAUACCCAGAAAGAAACCAGUCGAUUUGGUUACUACCUCAUGUCGCGCAGAGCCCUAGAUUCGCGCCAAUCCAUUGAAUCCUGUACUCUCAAGCUCCAUAGUUGGCGCCCCUUCCAGCUCCACGCCGCGCCCAAAACCCUAGAUUCCGAUGUCCAUAACUCAGCGCCCACCAAUUCCAAACCUUACUACUCAUCCACUGGCCUGCACACCAAGCGCCCUUGUCUCUCUGACCGCGCCACUUCUUUUAGCGUCGACGCCAUUGAUAUGUCGCGGCUGAGUUUGAUCGACGAUGACAAGCCGUCCAUCGCGGCUGGGUGUUACACGCGGAGGAGUUUCCGGUUGAUGGCUGGGAAGCGGCGGCGGCGCGGAUCGAGGUCGGUUUCGGGGCGGAGUAGCGACCGGAGUGGGACGAGACGGUGCUGCUCUGUUGGGGCUUCGGCGGCGCACGGGACCUGCUCCGAUUUCCCUGUGGCGGUUGGGACGGAUUCGAGUGGGGAGUUGUUCGUGAAUGGGGAUGCGAACUGGUCGUCGGAUGUGAGCGAGGCGAAGAAUUCGAGGAGGGAGAGAGAGGAGAAGGAUAGUUUUGGUUCGAAUGGGGGUUUUGAUGCUCAGGGGAACGAGUCUGGGUAUGGAAGUGAACCUGGGUAUCGUGGAGAUGGCGAGUUCGGGUAUGGCGAUGAGAUCGAUGAGGAGGAUGAGGACGCCAGAUUGUUGUUGUGGGGUGAACGACUGGGAGAUUCUAGAAUGGAAAUUGUUGGAGAAAACACGUUUGCAGAUCAGAAAUCGCACCACAGAUGUCGUCGUAAGAAGCACGAAUGUAGAAUGGUUGAUGCACUGAGGUGAAGCAAAAAUCGAAACCAGGUGAUGAAUACUGUGUCUAUGAAAGCGCCUGAUGCCGAUGGUCCUCACCUGCUGGUAUGCCUCUCAGACCUGGAAUUUUCAACUGCAAAGGCUCUAAAAUUGUGAAUGUACUUGAAUUAAAUUGCAGUUUGCAGCAUCAAGCUCUUGUGUUCCAUAUUUUGUUGAUCGCUGUAUGAACUCGAAAACACUGCCUUCGCGGACGCACGCCGACGGGUGCAUUUUCAUAAAUCGUAAAUGAACUUAGUAAAAUAUGUAAUUUUGACUGUUAA